AUGGCGGGCGGCGGCAGCCUCAACGAGAAGCACAAGCAAUACCCGGGGAAGAUGACGAUCUUCGUCUUCCUCGCCUGCCUCGUAGCCUCCUCCGGCGGGCUCAUCUUCGGAUACGACAUCGGCAUCUCCGGUGGCGUGACGUCGAUGGACCCGUUCCUGAUCAGCUUCUUCCCGUCGGUGUACGCCAAGGAGCAGGAGGUGGUGGAGACGAACCAGUACUGCAAGUUCGACAGCGUGAUGCUCACGCUCUUCACCUCCUCGCUCUACCUCGCCGCGCUCGUCGCCUCUCUCUUCGCCGGCUACAUCACCAAGAAGUGCGGCCGCAGGGUGUCCAUGCUCGGCGGAGGCAUCAUCUUCCUCUUAGGCGCCAUCCUCAACGGACUGGCAAAGAACGUCGCGAUGCUCAUCAUCGGCAGGAUCUUCCUCGGCAUCGGCGUUGGCUUCAGCAAUCAGUCUGUGCCGCUGUACCUGUCGGAGAUGGCGCCAGCGAAGAUGCGCGGCAUGCUCAACAUCAGCUUCCAGCUCAUGAUCACCAUCGGCAUCCUCGCCGCCAACUUCAUCAACUACUUCACGGCAAAGAUCUCCGGCGGCUGGGGCUGGCGCAUCAGCCUCGGCCUCGCCGCCGUCCCGGCCGCGAUCAUGGCCGGUGGCUCCAUCUUCCUCCCGGACACGCCCAACUCACUCGUCGCCCGCGGCAAGGAGCAGGAGGCCCGCGCCAUGCUCCGCCGCAUCCGCGGCACAGAGGACGUCGGCCUUGAGUUCGACGACCUCGUCGCGGCCAGUGAGGCCACCAAGGCCAUCGAGAACCCGUGGAGUACCCUCCUGGAGCGCCGAUACCGGCCGCAACUGGCGAUGGCCUUCCUCAUCCCGACGCUGCAGCAGCUCACCGGCAUCAACGUGGUCAUGUUCUAUGCCCCGGUUCUCUUUAAGACCAUCGGCUUUGGUGGCACCGCCUCGCUCAUCGAGAUAUUCCCGCUGGAGAUCCGGUCGGCGGCACAGAGCGCGGUCGUCGUCUUCAAUAUGACCUUCACCUUCGUAAUCGCGCAGAUCUUCCUCAUGCUGCUCUGCCGUCUCAAAUUCGGCCUCUUCUACUUCUUCGGCACAUGGGAGAUCAUCAUGACGAUCUUCGUCUACUUCUUCCUGCCGGAGACCAAGGGGAUCCCCAUCGAGGAGAUGGACAGAAUCUGGGGAAAGCACUGGUACUGGAAGCGGUUCGUCAAUGACGGCAACGGGAAGGUCGAGUUGACAUCCACGGCCGUAUGA